CGGCGUCUGGUGGAGGCGGUCUGUCGUCGAAUGGAGAAACAAAGAUCACGAACGGGUCUAGGAGCUGUUCUCAAAUCGUCCAGGGGGCGACGAGCAAGCUUACAACCAAGUGAAGAAGCUCCUAGAUUAACAUCCAUUGGUCGACGUCUCAGUUCGUUGACUAAAGAAGGUCCGCCCCACGGUCCUGACCAUUAUCCCCUGGGCUCACCGAGUUUUGGAUCACCGCUAGGAUUGGCUCAUCCUAAACCAGCAGGAAGGUUUGGUAUACCAAACAACAAGCUUCCAAGUAAGUUCCGCAAGUUCUCCCUCCCAAAGUUGAAGAGCAUCCCUUGCAUAGCAGCAUUGACGAUCAACAUGUCAUUGUUGGUUGGUGAAGUCGAGAGUCCACCAGGUACCGUGCUUGCCGAUGCCCAACUCCUUCGACUCGCCAUUCAAAGAAAUAAUGUGGAGAGUGUGACAGAGGUUCUUGAUCGGCAUUAUGAGUUGUUCAACGUCGGACCCGAAGCAGCGACUGCACCAUCAACACCUCAGCCACACAGGCGAAGCAGAAGCGAUAGUUUGCAGGUGGAGGUCCUUUUACAGCAGAGCACUGCACUCAUCAACAAGUUCCAAGAUGGAAGGGUCACUCCUGAACCAGAAGAAGAAGAACCUGCGGAACUGAAAGACACCGUUCCUUUGGUAUUCAAGAAUGCACUUCAUCUGGCCAUUGCUCACGGGUCUCUGGAUGUGGUUCAACUGCUUUUGAAGCGUGGUAUUGAUCCUUGUUUGUCUGGAAGAUGCAGAUACAGUCGGCAACCUACCGGGCAAUCAGAUGAGACAGGUUCGCCUACCAAUGGCCGGUACAGCUAUGUAGACAUUGACGAUGCUUAUCUGGAUAGACCUAGUUUAUUUUUCGCUGUGCAUAACGCAAGUGCCGUCAUUGUUCGCAUGUUACUUCGGUAUGGUGCUGUACCAGACCAAACGGACUGUGAUCGUUGUACUCCUUUACAUGUGGCUGCAAGGGGGUUUCAUCAACGAUGGGAAUGCGCUCAAGUACUGCUUGUCCAUGGAGCCAGUAUAUUGAGCCCUGAUAAGGAUGGUAUCCGACCAGUAGAUCUGGCUCCUCGUCUGCGGAAGCUCCAAAGAAGGAUUCUCCUAGAUCACCUUGACGUUCUAUCUCCGGACAAUCUUCACCUGCAUUGUGAAGAUGGUCCAAGAGUACGGAUUAGACCUCUCCGUGAUAGCAGAAAGCAUUCAUCCGGUCUGAUGGCAUUACCAAGGUUUGUCGCUCGUGUGGCACGAUCAAGGUCACCGAACACCAACGAAAAGGAUCGACGAGCGACAGUGUGUGUAUCAAACGAUAACGAGGCCGAGGAAGAGAAGGCAAGAUCACGGGCGGGGAGGAAGAUGAGCUUCUGGGGCUGGCCUAAGAGACGACGUAAGUCCCGUGAGGAUUCGAAGGACAGUGAUUGUGAUCCGGGUGAACAAUCAGCCCCUUGUGGAGUUGCUGUCAGUGUUUCCGGGACACCAGGUGGCUCGAUGAAAGAAAAUGUACAGAUCACCACAGAAACUGAAACACCAACUAAGAACCCGACAAGGAGAACAGGAAAAACGAUGCUGGUGUCAGCAAACAUUGAUGAGUGUUACGAAGCCUUGUUGGCAGAGCAGAGUGUUGAGACACUAAAACGUCUUUCUGGGAAUAAUGAAUGCAUUCCGCUCCUUCUUAAUCGCCUACCACAUUGUGUACCUCGUCUGUUAACAUUAGCCAACAGUCUAGGAGAAGAAAUUAGCCAGAGUAUCAGUCAAAUCGUUCUCAAUCUUACACAGUUGAUAAAAGACGACUUGGAGGAAGGUCUCUUGUUUGAAGUGCCGUAUGGAUCUGCCCAGAGGGAAGAGAGUUGGGAACAUUUGGCCAGCUUGUGCAAGUUGGCUGUGUUGCUGUUUCCUGCGUCAGGCUCGGUUCGUCUAGCAGCCAUCGUGACCUACAAUCAGGUGCUUGAAACAUUCCUAAUGAUGGGGGACCAACAGACAGCGCAGAGGAGACUAGGUCUCUCGCGCCAAAAUGCGGAGGAUGCCAAAGAUGGCCCGUCCUCCCUCGAACCAUCGGAACCCAAAUCACCCAAGAGGGGUGGAUUCGUGCAAUCAUUACGUAACAGUUUCAGACGGAAAUCGUCAUCGAGUAUCGGACCAAAGCAGGACUCACUCUCACCGAAGUCCGCAGAGAAAUCAAAGUACCUGCAGGUCGAGAGUGCAGUUGAUAAGGACAAUCUUUCUACAUUCCAGACCACAUCUUUGUCAGCAGUCCUGACAACCCUAAACCAGGUUGUAGCCCGUGAUGACCGCAUUGCCCAACUGAAGGCGGUCAUCUGUAGGAAUAUACCAGAAACGGACAUGACGAUGAUUCCUAGAACUGGUCCAGGAAGUCGGCGAGGUGUAUUUAGUCAUCGGACAUCUUACACCUCACAUGGACACCGGGACGAUUCCAACCAACCGGUGGUUCAGGCGGCACUCCGCUUGUUAUCUUCAUUAGAUAUUAACCUCCUAUUAGAAUGUAUCCAGACCGUCGGCAUCGCUCCUGCCACACCCUCAUCCAAUACCAAACUCCACAUUUAUACGACUAAGCCCAGGGAGAAGACUGACUGUAAAGCCAAAGGAUUCCCGACCACAUCUAUCCCAGGGAUUCGGAUAUCCCAAUCCGAUGAUGACAAUCUCGAUAGUCCUCACAAGACUAGUGAUAAAACUAAACCAAACAGUACCGAUCCUGUGCGACAGGCUAGGAUUCUAUCAGCGCGUGCUCUGCUAACCAUUGCUAGCUUGCCAAGCACCAGAAGAGCCCUUGUUAGGGUGGAACAUCUUCAUAGACUCUUAAACGUCUUGGAGCCGACAGGAGACAAGCAAUUCUUGUGUUUAAUUCUUCAAGUCUUGGAGAGUUUGUCACUCGACCCACAUAACCACGCACCGAUGCAGGCUGCAGGUUUAGCUCAUCGCUUGGAAAGUAUUCUCAAGUUACAGCGAACGGAGACCACGGAACCAGAGGAAAGCGUACCGGGCCAGUCCUGGGGGCCAGCAGACAGUAAAGUGCUACAUCACAUCCAGCUGCAUGCUGGGAGGAUUCUCGUGUAUCACGGUUUUAUUGAACAACUUCAAAGGCACACUCAGGCAUCCAUCUUAGAAUUAGAAGCUAAAGUAUGCGGACAGGAUGUAUCGGAGUAUGAGUAUGCUUGCUUCAGAUUGAGGAUUCAACAAGCCAAGGAUAUACCCCCUGCUACAUCCUUAGAACGUCUAGUCUUGCUAUCACUCAGUCAAGGUGAACGCGGCAGUAGGUCGCCCUCUGUUGUCUCGUCAGAGAGACUGUCUCCCAUCCCGGCGAAGCGAACGUGCCUCGCAGUGGAGGUUCAGUCACUGCAAAUAGACAGCGAGGAGACUAGUAGUAUAGGUCAUGGAAUUCCACAGCGAGAGAUUGAGAUUGAACGUCCAGAUGGAGGCUGCCCUCUCUUGGAAAGUUUACCUGUUUGUGUCCCACCUCCUAUUGCAUUCAGAGUUUUACAGCACAUUCUCUUGGCUACCAGUGGAGGAAAGAGACGAGGAUUGUUUGCUAUGAAUACCAGCAGCAGUGGUAGCGCAAAUAAUUCCAAGAGGAUACUUCAAGAAAAGGUUCUUCAAAUGAUCCGGCGAUGGGUAGAAAACAUUCCAGAAGACUUUCUUCAAGACAAGCUGAUGAGGUCUGAAGCCACCAAGCUCCUGCAACGACUACGCCUUCUGGGACUCUCAGGACAUCCUCUGGCUGAUCAGUUGUCCCUUCUCUACCAACAACAAGAGGAUACCCUGUCCCUACGCAGCCUUGGAGGUCGCUUCCGUAACCACCAUCACCACCACCAUGCCCACAUCUCCCGAACCUUUUCCUCUCCCGCGGUCAGAGCCAGCAUCCAGAGCGCUCCUCCCCUCAUCAUGGGUUCACCCGUUGGGGAGACUUCGUCAGCGGAUAAACUCUCGCUUCAGUCAUUCCCUGGGUCCUACAAGAACAUGGGUUCUGCUAACUACAUCCAUAAGGUGACUGGGAAUCGGUCUUUGACUGGAUCCAGUACAUCCAGUCUGACCUCCUUGAACAGUGUUCAGGGUGUUGGUCAGAUUUCUCUUGUGGAUAGAUCAACGGUUCUGCUGACUUCUGAAGAUCUUCACUGCCUUUAUCAGAGGUUGCAGAAGUCUGUCCUUGAUGGAAGCUUACCCUGCAGUCAGGAAGAUGCUGCCAAACUAGCCGCUAUACAGAUCAUCAUCAAUAACCUGACAUCCUUUCACCAGAAGAAAAGCCAGUCAACUCCAUCCAGUCCUGCCAGUCAUACAUUCCUCCAGACCAAUGCUACAGCUACAAGUACCCAGAAGCUUUCCAGUUCCAGUUCCAGCAACCGUACCUUGGUAGAUUCAGAACCUGAAUGGCACUGCUAUGGGGUGGACCACAUAGCAACAAGAGAGACCAGUAUCUUGGACAGUGGACCUGGUCCUAGCGUUGGGUUCUUUGCCUCGGCUCAAAGGCGUUUAUCCCGCCAGAGCUCGAAGCAAGACUCCUCACCUCUAGGACAUUCCUUGCAGUCAGGACGGAAGGCUUCAUCAGCAGAUGUGGGUAGCGAAAUCACGGAGAGGAGUUUGUUGGAUAAGAUAUCUGUGGAUUCUAUCAAACUGUGCUUACCAUAUGGAUGUUCAGGAUCGAAGGUUGUCCAGAAGGCAGUCAAGAAGUUCCAUACGACGUAUACUACGGUGAUGGGUGACCUCAAGGAAUCUACCUCAGGGAAGAUUCACCAUGCCAAGCAGCUCUAUGUGGAUCUUUGUAAGAGGAUACCAUCCUUCAACAGUAAGGUGUUUCACGUCAAGGAAUUGUACGGACAUAGACUCAAGAAGAAGGCCCAUCGGAUCUUGUGCAUCAAUCGUCAUCAUAUAGUACUACUGAGUACAGCUACAAAAGCAGUGGUACAGUCCACACCAACUGAUCAGCUUAAGAAUUGGCACAUUGAUGCUUGCCAUAGUGGUCCUCUAAGCAGUCUAUUAGUGGUGGAAUUCCAGGGUAAGCCCCAGUGGACUCUACAGCCUUUGUCACUCGCGGAGCUGAGAGCCAUCUGCGGAGCACUAUCAGCCAACAUGCAGGAGGCGUCCUCUUCCAACCCGGUAUCGGAUAGCAUCCCGGAUGGCGUUGUCACGGCAUCAGCGCCUUCUACACCAAGUCUUGAUCGGGUACCGUACUCAGAUUCCCCAGUUCUAGACUCCAAGAGUCUUCUCGCUCAAAGUGCAUUAUACCACGAAGAACUUUCAAGAUGCGGACGUCUUCUCAACUUCCCCGAGGAGGUAGCCCUCAUCCUAACACAGACAGAAUUCAAGCUCUUCAACGAGGUUCCACCGGCAAGCUAUGUCCGCCAUAUCGGUCACAUGACCUUACCGUUGCCCGAUAAUUCAGCACAGCAGAGAAAGUCUGUUAGGGAUCUAGAUAUCAGGUUUCAUGAGGUUAGCAAUUGGGUGAGAGACAUGAUUUUGGGAGUGGAAGAUCAAGAAGGUAAAGUUAGGAAUGUACUCAGCUUUAUUCAGGUGGCCAAUUCAAGUUGGAACCUCGGUAACUUCAAUACGGUCAUGGAGAUCUUAGAUGGUAUAAGAUCUGAAAUCCUGAAGCCAGUGUUUGAGAACAUGAAAGACUGUGACAUGCAAGGACUCUCUGCCUUACAGUCAGCCAUCAAGUCCAGUGCGACGGAAUACAAGGAGGCUGUAGAUAGAGCACUGAACAUCCCUGGAUGCUCCGUGGUGCCUUAUUAUGGGGCUUUCUUAGAGGAGCUUCAAGUGAUCUGGGAUGAGAAUGUCCCUACCAUGACAAACACUGAUGCAGUCUCAGAGCUUGGUGAUUAUCUGUGGAAUAGUAAUGAGAGAUCAGGAGGUCUGCCAACAUCCAUCCCUGCAACAGGUUUAAUCAACACUGAUAAGAUGUACAGGGCCAAUUGGGUUCUGAAUGAUAUAAGACUGUGCCAAGAGAUGGGGAAAGCAAUGAGAUCUGGAGAAGAGGUUGAUGGUACUAUUCCUGAAAACAAGUCAACUCAGAGUGAUAGUGAUGCUUCUGACUUGAGUUUUGUAACAUGUUGUGAGGAUUCCUCCCCCUACGAACCCAUCCAAGCUAUCGCCAACCCAACAGGAAUUGAGAUCAUACCCCAUCAACUCUUUGAUUCCGACCUACACACACUCCAAUUCAUGCAUCACGGUUCUUGUGUGUCUCUCUUUGACGAAGACUGCUCAGGGCGCAACGUCCUGAGCUUGAUGAAACUGGAUGUCUGCAAUGCAAUCCUUGUUUGGGCCAAGUCCGUGGAAAGUCCCAGAGAGGAGGAUCUAGACCUUCACAUGAUCUGUAGCGUCAUGUUGUGCACCAAGUAUCAUUCCUCAAACCUUGCCAACACGAGUAGUUUAGAUGGAGGCUACCUUGAUCUCUCCUAUGCAAAGUCAAUCUCGAUCAAGACCGGGACCAGCAUGGAAUCGGCAGCCUCCAGCACCGGUACCUCUGCAACGGUAUCACCUCGUAAGACGGACGCCCCCAUGACGCUUACCCCAUCUAGUAAGGAAGAAUUGAGUUGUAUCAGUAUCGUAUACGGUACAGGAAUCACCGACAAUAGAGUACUGUCUUUCUGCGUGCCGUCCUUGACGGCAUCUAUGUGGCACCAAGGGUUGAGUAUGGUGAUCAGAGCGUCCCAAGCAUUACAUAAGUUUGCAAUGGACAAGAGACUGCAGAAGCUACAGAGAGAGUAUAUGAAUCUGUUCUUUGAGGCAGCUAGGUGCGCCGGACCAACACCAUUGGAAGCUGUCAAGGUGUUUGGUGGUAAGAAUGCUGCAAUGAAGAAACUAUCCACAGAAAGACAGAGUAGUACGGAUACAGAGACUAAGAAUGUCAGCCUGGAUAGACUCAUGAUCCAGACCCCAAUGAGGAUAAUGCUACGGAGGAAAUCUUCAACUAAGAGCAUCGAAACGCCAGGUUCACCUUUGGGCAGACGAUCGCGGAAGAGUCUUCGGAGCAAGAGUCGCAAGAAGGUGCACCAGCGUGCCUAUACCAUUGAUGUCUCAACGUUGUCACUAGGGGGCAGUAUGCAAGAUGGUGAUACCAAUAGUUUUGUUGGCGGUCAGACGAUGGAAGUGAACGAGAAUGGGAUGGUGAAAACCACCCCUAUGGUUGAUGUGUCAGUCAGCAAUGAUGAGACAUUGCUGUCUGUAACCCCUACCAACGACGAUCCUCAAAUGCCUUCUGAACAUGAUAUAUUUGGUAGGAAACGAAGCAGUUCAUCUAUUGGUUGCGACGGUCAGAGGUCCCUAACAAUGAACAGUAAUUUGUCUUUCAUAGAAUUUGUUGAGCUGUUCAAAUCGUUUAGUGUGUGUUCAAGAAAGGAAUUGAAGGAUAUUUUUGAUACCUACGCUCUGCCUUACAAUGCCAACAAAGAUGCCUCCAAAGACAAGCAACCAGAACUAUAUUACCAUGGUAACCGAUCUGUUAGUCAGGUGGAAGAAACCAGCUUCAUAGGAGUUGGAGUCAUCAGCCUGACACGGAACUCUUUCCCACCGCUGGUGCCGGAUUCAACUCGCAGAGUGACCAACGCCAUCGCUGCUGCUAGUGUACAGACCAAUAGUUCCGGUACGCAGUCGGUAACAUCACAUGUGAUCACGCAAGAAAGAUUCAAACAGUUCCUUAGCUCCAAGCAGGGUAUGGACCUCACUGAUGAUGAAGUUAGUGAACUUAUACAGCGGCAUGAACCCUCACUGACCAUUAGAGAACAAGAGUGCCUGACCUUUGAGGGAUUUGCCCGCUACUUAAUGGACCAAGAUAACUAUGCAUUCCAGUAUGAACAACUCUUUGUAUGUAAACAGGAUCUCAAUCACCCAUUGUCUCACUACUACAUUGCCUCUUCCCACAAUACAUACCUCACUGGUCAUCAACUAAGAGGGGAAUCAUCAGUAGAACUAUACUCACAGGUUUUAUUGACUGGCUGUCGAUGUGUUGAAUUGGAUUGUUGGGAUGGAGAUGAUGGUUCACCGGUCAUAUACCACGGGCACACACUCACAUCAAAAAUCAGUUUCAAGGAAGUGGUAGAAGCCAUCAACCGAUCAGCAUUUAUCGCAAGUGACUAUCCUAUCAUUCUGUCUGUUGAGAAUCAUUGUUCUUUACAACAACAAACCAAGAUGGCUCAGAUCUUCACAGAAGUGUUUGGUGAGAAGUUGGUGAAUAAGUUCUUGUUUGAGUCUGAUUUCAGUAAUAACCCGAGACUACCAAGCCCAGAACAACUCAAACAUAAGAUACUCAUCAAGAACAAGAAGCUUAAGGCUCACCAAGCUCCGGUGGAUUUACUGAAACAUAGGGUAAUGCAGUUAGUGAGUGAGCAUAAGAGUUCUAAGGUUGAUCUGUUAGGCUCAGCAGCAAACUCAGUAUCUAUGGGUGAUAUAUCAGAAGAAGAAGAUGAUGAUUUCUUUGAAGAUGCAUAUGAAGAGGUUCUACCUGUAGAUGAUAACAUUCCGGAGACCCAAGUGGAGUUCUCUAAACCCCCUCUUGGACGCCUUGCAUCUACUCAAUCAGAAGGCUCGGAAUCUCCACCCGUACCUGAUGAAACCAAAGCAGGCUACAAGGGAUCUAUGGCUAAUGGCAAACAUAAGAGAAGUGGUAGUGGCACCCAGAUCAUCCCCCUCACUGGAACAGAGCGUAGCUAUGGCGACGACUUCUACAAGAUGGCGCAGGUCAAACACAAGAAGAAGAAAGAAACUAGUCAGAUAGCUCCAGAGUUGUCUGAUCUAGUCAUCUACACCCAGGCAGUCAAGUUUCCUGGGUUUAGCAGUACUACGGAACAGACUGUCGGGACACCCAGAGAGGUUAAACAGCUAGGUCGUCGUAGUAACCGUUCUAGCACACAAACCAGUGCUUCUAACAGCCCUGUACCAAUAGCGAAGGACAACCCAAAGAGUUCUGAGGAGAGUCCUCAAGUAAAUGGGUCUCCCGAUGAGAGAAAGCUGCAGCAUUCUGCCAUGCUGUCUCAAUCGCAGCAAGGUCUCGUAGCAGAGAAGCUGACGGCUUACAUCCAAACACCAAAGUGCUUCCAUAUAUCAUCCGUCAAUGAGAGCAAUCUCAAGAGGAUGUCCAGGAAGUACUUCUCGAAGUUUGUGGAGCAUACUGAAUAUCAGUUGAUGAGGACCUAUCCAGCAGGAAUGCGGAUUGACUCUUCUAAUUAUAACCCAGUGAUCUAUUGGUCAUUUGGAGUUCAGCUCGUAGCUCUCAAUUAUCAAACAGAUGAUCCCAGCCUUCAGACGUACUCUUCCAUGUUUGAAAGGACAGGUAACAGUGGCUAUGUUCUCAAGCCUACGAUACUAUGGGACAAGAGCCAUCCAGCAUUCAACCGAUUCAAUGCGUACAAUAAAUCAUUUGAUGGCAUGCCCAUCAAAGAACUCACGAUACAGAUUGUGUCUGGACAGUUCCUGAGCCUUACCAAUCCUCUGGGCAGUGUUUACGUUGAAGUUGAGGUGAUUGGUGUCCCUGCAGAUUGUUCCAAGUGGAAGACAAAAGUUGCUUCAAGAAACAGCAUCAAUCCUAUAUGGGAGGAAACAUUUACAUUCCAAGUGUCCUUUGAAGAGUUAGCAUUUGUCCGUUUCACAGUUGUAGACAGUAACAGUUCUAGUACCCUGGCCCAAAGGAGUGUUCCUUUGGUACAUCUUAGACAAGGAUACAGACACCUUAGAUUGCGAUCAUCUCAGAAUGUGGCCCUUGAGAUAACAACCCUCUUCAUCCAUUCUCAUUUGGAAGAGAUUCAAGAUGUAGCUACUGAAGCCAUCAAUGAAUCAAGAAGGAAGAGACAGAUGCUUUCUAAUAUGCUCUAUUAUCAUAUAGGCAAGGAUUCGGAUGUCAAGAUGGAAUUUAAGGAGAUGGUUGAUGGUUCUGAGGUGAAGAGAAGAGCGUUUCCUCUGACUGUGUUUGGUGUCUUAGAUGGAGAGGAUAGCACCACCUUGAAAGCAACGCAAGAGACAAAAGCUCAUGAGAUAGUCGCACAGGCCAUGGGUCGAGCAGACCGCCCUCUCGAGUCCAUGCAUGACUAUCUCUUGGUGGAGGAGGUUCAGGAGACUUGGGAUGAUGAAACCGAAGGAAGAACUGAUGAACGAGUAUUAGAAGGAGAUGAGAGAGUAAUGGAAGCACAGGCCAGCUGGACAGGAAAAGGAAGAUUUCUCUUAAAGCAUCUGCCACAGGAAGCUCAAUCACCACAGUCAGCUUACGACCUACUGAGAACACCCCGUUCCUUGUUUUACAGAAUGUACCGGAGGCAUCGUUCUGAUGAAUGGACGUCAAUGGAUAGCGAUGGGAGUGAUAAGACAUUCUUGGUAUGGGUUUACAAUGUCUCUCAGGACCAGCCCUAUACGGUCUUCAGAGCUCUUACAAGCAGUACAGCACAGGAUAUUAUAGCUCAGGCUAUGGCCAAGGCUCACAGACUAGACGCCAAUCCUUCCAGCUUCGUACUUGUUGAAGAUGUGUACAAGGAAUGGAGGAACCCAGACACCAGCACAGCUAAGAAGAACAUCGCUGAGAAGGUGACAAGCAGGGUGUUAGAUGAUGAAGAGAAUGUUGCUGACAUUCAGGCUCAAUGGAAAACACCAGGGAGGUUUUCACUCAGAGAAAGAGAUGAGGUGCAGGGAAGAGGAAGCAGUGGUACCUUUAAGAGGAUCAAGAAGAAAUCAAGCGGCAGUAAACCAUCUACAUCAAGUCAAAGUGCAGCAUCAUCAAAGUUGAAGAACCAGACAUUGCCUCGGAACUUCAAGCCUGAUGAAAAGAAAAUGGAAUCGAUGCAAGCUGAGAAGGAACCUCCUCCGAAACCAGCUUCCCUCCGAAGUCGAAUCAAACUUUGGAAGACGUGAUGGAAUUAUUUUAUUUUACAUGUGUCAUCUAGUAGGAGGGAGUAUCAUCAUAGCACCAGGGGCCCUGAUUCAUAAAAGCUUUAGUAAUAACAAGUUUGUAGUAGCGGUUUUAAGCUACUAUAACCAUUCAAUCUGAUUGGCUGAUUGUGAACUGUCUAAAGAAAUAGGGCAUUUGUUGUUAUAAUGAGUAUUCAUGAAAUGAGACCCAAAGUCAGAAACCCUUUUUUGUAAGAGGGCAAAUGGUGACUGAUAGGAGUCAUGAUGUUGAUGAUGAACUGCUUUCAUUUAAGAGAGGGAGAAUAGACAUCAUUCUAAUAACAGGCGUCUGAGACGUCUGUUUAGGAAAGCAAAUCUUUGAUUGUCUGAAAGUAUUCAAGUGUAUUCAUGCCAAAGUCAUUUAUUAAUUGCUAUCUGAUAGCACCUGAUGUUUAUGUGUUGAAGGAUAAUUUUUCCUGACUUUAUCAUGUUCUUUCUAUUUCAGAUGGAUAUUAGAUUAUUAUUGUUGUAUUAAGACUUUUUAGAAAGGUCUGAGCAUUGGGAUGCAUAGAAGUAUUCACUGCUGUUCACGCUAUGGGCUGGUUCUCAUUAGCACUCAUGCUCACUUUACUGUGUAGGUAUACCCAAUUAGAUCACAUUACUAUGUAAUGUAUUAAUCAUUCGGUAGUUAUACAAGUAUAUUUAUGCUUUAUGAUUUUGAAUUCCUCUAUUUUAGACACUGUGCUUGCAAUUUUUUGAAUUAUUGUAAAUGUUCCGUUUAUUUUUCUCACCUUUAAAUGUCGUGUAUUUGACCCGUGUCAUCGUUGAUAUUGUUUUUUCAUAUUAGAAAUGAGCCUUAUGUGUCGUAUAUGACUGAAUAUGUGUUAACAUCUAUUCAUUUCUUCAAUUACUUCGCUUUUUUUAAAAGUAGAUCUAGCAAGCAAUGUAAGUUGGUCCAUGACUCAGUACUCGGCAGUGGUUAUACUUUGCAUAGUAUACUGUACUGAGAUAAAGUAUUCCAUUGCUAUCAUUCACACCAUAACAAAAUCACUUGACCAAGGUUGGAUCCAGUCAGAUACAUGUACUCUUGAUAAAAAAUGUAGAUGUAAAAUAUUCAAUAAUUUCAGGGUUAAAAAAAUUGCUUUAAUGCUUCCUGUAUAAGACAUUUUUUACUACUUGACCCUGAUGCUUCCAUGAGGUAGUACAGUGCCGUGGAUUCAUCAGGGUUUGAAAGUACAACUUAAUUGUAAACCAAUAUAAGACUUUGUUGAUUAUUUGUUCUGAUGAAUUCAAUAUAACACUGUGCUUAAGGGUUUCAUUACCAUAUUCUUUUCUCUCAAAUAACUGCAGAAUUUUUGCACAAAGGCAUAAUGAAAACACAUAUAAAACUCCAUCAUUUGCUUGAUGAUAUUUAUUAAUAUAGCAAUGUCGUUGAUAUCUUCGAGAGCCCCCAAACAAGUAUUUUUCUUAAGAUUUUCUCUGGAGGAUUCAGUAGAACAGUUUUUCAUCCAGUUUUUUAUUUGUUUUUUGACAACUUUGCUUCGACAAACGAAGAAGUAAUACAAUUUUUUUUUUACUUAUUAAAGGACUGCACAAAUCCCAAGACCCAUUAAACUAUCUUUAUAUACUAUAAUUCUUCCAUCAUGACACCCUCUUUGUAAUCUAAUCAAGUACAGACAUGUUGCAUUACACUUUUCAAACAAAAAAUUAAAAAAAAUUUUACAAGUAUUUCCAUCACCAAGACUACUACCACCACAACCGCCACAAGUACCACCACUACCAGGCGCGUAUCCAGCAUCAGAUCCUACAAAGCAUUUCAUGGGUCCGAUUGUCUGGGGACAAAAGGGACUCAAUUAUGCUUGUGCAUGGGCCUAUACAUUUCUUUGUGAUACAUGUAAUUGAUGCUGGAUACGCUAUUGACUACUACUACUACUACAACU